AGUACCUGAGUAGCAGUAUCUUUGAGAACGCUACACCCGAGGAAGUGAGGGACUUCUUCGGGGACGAUGAGUUCUGUAUGUCCAACAAGUGGGAUGAUAUGCUUAUUUAUCAUAAGACACUAGAGGAGUGCCAGACCACUGGGACGAUGAAAGCACAUUGGGUCCGGAAGUUCCCCUUCUUCUGCAGUGACAGAGAGUACAUAAUUGCUCGUCGGAUAUGGAAACUGGGUGGCGCCUAUUAUUGUGUCACAAAGGGUAUACCAUGCUCAUCCAUUCCACGGCGUAACAAACCUCGAAGAGUUGAUUUGUAUUAUUCAAGCUGGUGCCUCCGUGCAGUGGAAUCCAAGAGAGGGAACGGAGGGUUGACAGCCUGUGAGGUUCUCUUGUUUCACCAUGAGGACAUGGGUAUCCCAUAUGAGAUUGCUGCUGCUGGAAGAUGGACGCGCUUCCAGCCGGCGCGCGGCGGACCACGGGCGCCAGAGGCUCCAGCGCCUUGGUGUCCUUGCCAUUGCUGCCGCACUUGGGCUUCUUGCUCCCCGAGCCCGAGGAAGAUGCGGUGA